AUGUCGUCAAGAGAUCUAUCAAAAAUGACUGUUGUGCAACUUCGUGAACAGUUGCGUUCGCGUGGUCUCAUAACAGAUGGAACGAAAGCUGUGCUGAUUGAACGUCUCAAAGGGAGUUAUGCGGUAGAAGAUAAGAUAUUAAAUAUAGAUUCUACCGCCUCCAAAGAUUCUUUAGAAGAAACAGUGCUUGAGGGUUCAAUAAAUGAGGACGAUAUUCUUGGUCCGGACACGUCAGUUAAAAAAAAGGAAAAUAUAUUGCCUGUAGUGGUACCCUCAGCAACUAAACCUGCUUCACCAGUGGUAUUUGUAGCUAAAGAGUCCAAAGUUGCACAAAGACCUGAAGGGAGUAAGAAAUCAAAGAUGGCAGAUAAUUCACUGGAUGCUAAAAUGAAACGAGCUCAGCGGUUUGGGUUGCCUUUGUCAGAUGAACAGUUGAAACAGAAACGUGCAGAGCGGUUUGGCACCCGGCCAAAUGAGGCCGCCAGUGCUGCACUAAGCCUCGAAGAAAGAAAGAAAAAACGAGCUGAAAGAUUUGGUAUUGAUAACAAGAAAGAUACAGGUGAUGUUGAUGAAUCCAAGAAAGUUUCUGUUGAAGUAUUAGAACGACGUGCCAAGCGUUUUGGAUUGUGUUCAGAAGAAGCUGAGGAGCAGUGUACCAUAGUAAAGUUUUAGCG